AUGGCUUUCUUGACCAACAAAGGAGCCUCUUCCUCCUCUUUUUCUUCUUCCACUCACCAGAGUCAUGACAUCUUCUUAAGCUUUAGAGGUGAAGAUACCCGCCAUGGUUUUACAAGCCAUUUACAUAAAGCUUUAUGUGAUCAAGGUUUUAACAUCUUUAUUGAUGAUAACCUUCAGAGAGGAGAAGAAAUUUCAAUAGAACUUCUUAAAGCCAUUGAAUCAUCCAUUGUUUCAAUUGUCGUGUUAUCUAAAAACUAUGCUUCUUCUACUUGGUGUUUGGAUGAACUUGUCAAUAUUUUUGAGUGUGGUCAAUUAGUUUUACCUAUUUUCUAUAAUAUAGAUCCAUCAGAAUUACGUAAACAAAAUGGUGAGUUUGGAGUAGCUUUAACAAAACAUGAAGAAAUAUUUAAAGUUGAUAUUGACAAGGUGCAGAAUUGGAGGAUAGCGCUAAAUAAAGUUGGUAGUUUGUCUGGAUGGCACUAUAAGAAUGGCGACAUUGAAUCUAAAUUUAUCCAAACAAUUGUUGAAAAUAUACCAAGAACUAUAUUAAAACGCAAGCCGUUAUUUGUUGGCGAACACCUUGUUGGAGUAAAACCUCGUGCCAAGGCCGUAGAAUCGCUUUUAAGUAUUGAGUUAAAUGAAUUUCGCAUGCUAGUGAUUCAUGGCAUUUCCGGAAUAGGUAAGACUACAAUUGCAAAAGCAGUUUAUAACAGGAUUGCUAAUCAUUUUGAUAGAAGCAGUUUUUUAGAGAAUGUUAGAGAAACUUCGAAGACACAGGAUGGCAUUAUCAAACUACAAGGAAGUAGAGUCAUUAUAACAACAACAACAAAUUCACAAUUUUUAGCUACUCUUGGAAAAGUUUGUACAACUUAUGAGGCCAAGAAAUUAGAGAAACAAGAAGCUCUUCAACUCUUUCAAAAGCAUGCCUUCCUUCGAAAGAAACCCAAUAAAGAUUAUUCAGAACUUACAAACCAAGUUAUACAGUAUGCCCAAGGCCUUCCAGUAGCUCUUAUAAUAAUAGCUUGUGAUUUGUGUGGAAAAACUAAACAUGAAUGGGAAAUUACAUUAGAUAAGUAUAACAAAAUUCCCAAUAAAGACAUUCAAGAAGUACUUAGAGUAAGUUAUGAUGGACUAGAGGAUAUAGUAAAAUAUAUUUUCCUUGAUAUUGCAUGUUUUUUCAAGGGAUGGAAGAAGGAUUAUGUUGUAAAUAUAUUAAAUGCUAGUGAUUCACAUCCCGAUUAUGGUAUUCAAAGACUUGUUUAUAAGUGUCUCAUUACUGUGGAUCAUGGUAUACUGUUAAUGCAUGACUUGAUACAACAAAUGGGUAGAGAAGUUGUUCGACAAGAAUCUCCACAUAUUCUCGGAAAACGUAGCAGAUUAUGGCAUCAUAAAGAUGCUCUUGAAGUACUAAUUGGAAAUAAGGGGACGGACGAAAUCCGAGGUAUAAUGUUGCAUUCACCUGAACUGGUAAAUGUGCAACUACACCCUGAUGUUUUCAAAAAGAUGGAAAAUCUCAAGAUACUUCUUGUCGAUAACAUAAAUAUUUGUGAAGCAAUUCAAUAUCUUCCCGACGGGAUAAAGAUUCUUAGUUGGCCUAAAUAUCCUUUUCGCUUGCCAUCCAAAUAUUGUCCUCUACAACUUGUUAGGCUUGAUAUGCCAUAUAGUCGCAUUGGGUUGGAAAAGCUAUGCAAGCAGGAGUACCAGUUAGAAAAUAUGAAACAUCUCAAUCUCAGUGGUUGUAAAUUUAUAACCAAAUUACCUGAUUUAUGCACCCCAAACUUGGAGACAUUGGACCUUUCUGAUUGUGAAAAUUUAGUUAAGAUUCACGAGUCCGGUGAAUUUCUUCAUAAGCUUAAAACGUGGAAACUUGAUAAUUGCAAAAAACUUCAAAAUCUUCCAAACAAACUCAUGUUGACAUCUCUUGAAGUUCUUGAGACAUUAUCCCUUCAUGGUUGCAAAAACCUUCGGGAUCUUCCAGAUGGCAUUUAUAAAUUGCAACAGCUUCGGCAGCUCUGGACUCCUACCGCCAAAUUGAGACCGACAUGCAAUUCUUUUGAUAGCUCCUCCGGUUAUGGGUUUCUGAACAUGACAGAGCUGGUACUCGGCUUCUGUAAAACCAUAAUUGAAUUAGAUCUUUUGAUGAAGCCAGAUUACUUCCCCGCAUUGGAAAGGAUACUUCUAUUUGAAACCAAUAUUAUUACCAUCCCCGAAAGCAUUAGCAGAUUUCCUAGUUUAAGAGGGCUUUCAAUUAGCAAUUGCAAGCACCUUCGUGAAGUUCAAGGACUUCCACAAUCGAUAAGUUGGGUUAAUGCACAAAAUUGCCCGUUGUUGGAUAAUGAAUCACCAAGUGGGGUAUUGAAUCAGGUAAUAGAAAUUAUGGGGAUUUUACCGAAUGGAGUAUGUGGGAGUGCAAGAAGCAAUGAAUUAAUGGAUCCACAGUUCACCGAUUACUUCCCAUCUGAAACUGACGGUGCUGAAUCUGAAUCUGAAUCUGAAUCUGAAGAUGGGGACAUGUCACACUUCUCCAUUUCUCCUCGUCUUUGGGUAUCGGGAACUGAGAUUCCAUGGUUCAAUCAUCAAAGUGUUGAACAUAAUUCCAUAUUGUUCUGGGUUGGUCGCAAAUUUCCAAUAUUGGCUCUCUAUAUUGCUUUUGGAGUCUAUAUUGAGAGCCACUGGCAAUAUGAAUGCGUUGUUUACAUUUCCAUCAAUGGUUGUAAAAAACGUGAAUGUAUGCGUGAGACACCUUCAGAGGCGUAUAAUCUUCUAUUAUAUUCUCCAUUUCAAAGGUUUCUACAGCAGAAAUUGAAUGAAUCAAAUCCAACUGACCAGAAUCAUGUUGAGGUUACAUAUGAAACCCAAAGAGCUAAGUAUUUGCGUAUACCCACUGUAAAGCCACCAAAUCCCAUAAGGUGGGGGGUCCACGUAGAGUGCAUCUGUCCUCCUCAAGAAUCUGGUAUACCUAACUUGCCCCUUCUAACUGCUGGACAUGAUGAUCCUGAUUACUGGAGCGAGUUGCCAUUUCAUGGAUCUGAUGAUUUGGAAGCAGAAGAAGAAGAAGAACAUCAGUCUCCUCUGGUCCUUGAUGACACAUCUAGUUCGUGCAUGAGUUGGCUAGUUGGGCCAACCACCAUGCUUUUUAUGCUAUUUCGCUUUUGCUGCCCCAGAGAUUUUUGACCUGCAUUACAAAUAGCUAUUAAGAGGAUCAAUUCAGGAUGAGACACAACGUCUCCUUCAAGUUGGAGGAAAUGACAAACCUUUCAAGUACUUAAAGAACUGUCUCUUGUUAUGCUUGUCCUCAGGAUUGAGGAAAGAGAUGUAUUGGAACAACUUGUGGAACAAGCUAUGGCAUGCAGAACUUUCUUGACAAAAAUAGUCAAUUUUUCUUUAGCUUAUUUUGAUAAAGAUCUCAGUGUGGUCUCUGAAAAAUUAACUGCUGCUGUUAAGGCCAUUGAAGUGGCAGUUCUGUAUGAUCAUCAAGCUAAUCGCAACCUUGAGCUGGCUUUAGCAAGAUACUCAUGGAGAUUCUUAGUCAAUAGAUUAUUAGGGGGUUUACAAAAGCCCAAGAUCCAACUGAUUCAGCAGCAUUUGAAAGAGAGUUUGUACUAUCCUAUGGCGUGACCAUGAAUUUCUCAGAAAUGUUUUGCUUCAUUUUCAGGUACAAUGUCCAUUGUCUAUAGUUUUAUCAAGCAAAACCCUGACAGAUUUUUUCAGAAAAUGUCAUUGUAAACACAUUGACUAUCAGCUCUAUGGGGAUAGGGCAAAUGCAUCGAGUUUUUUUAAAAAAAAUACCUUUCAUAUAUUCUCUCCUCCUUGCAUAUUACAGGCCUUUUCGUGAUCUUAUAAUUAUAUUGUAAUAUAAUUUUUCAAGGAAUUCGUGCCCUUAAACGUGCGAGGAAUUGAAAUGUCUAGAUUAUCACUCCUAUGUCUUAGCUUGCUCAAAUUUAUUAAUAGCUUUAUGUAUUAUCUGACAUUCGAGGUCAGUAUUUCCUAUACUCUAGCAAAUGUUGUUUUCCACACUUUGUCAAGGUGUUUCCAUAUUGCUAAUGCUUUGUAAUGAGUCCCUUUGCCUCAGCCCCAAGGUACCUAUGUUGAAACAAUAUUACAUCAGGUUGUGUGCUACCCGACCCUUAAAUUGGAGGUUAGUACUGUUGUUUAUCAACAAAGCUCAAGUGCUACUGAAGCUUUCUUUUGAAAAGUGAGAACAAUGAACAAGGAAAUGUGAGAAAGUUCCUAAUCGAGAUGUUGACCCAAGAAAACUUGUAAAGAUUCGGCUCCAACUUUUGCAGUUUGUAUGCAUUCCCUGAAAACUACAUAUCAAAGUCAAAAGAAAAUGUGGAGAAAUCUCUGUGCCUACAAUAUGCAGCAGCAGCUCAAUGGUUGAUUCAGUCUUCCAUUGACAUUCUUAAGCUAGAUGAAUCAUCUUUUGGUUUAAUUGGGAAUCCAACAAGUCCAUUAAGGGCACUUAAAUAGCUCCAGAUUCUGUUUUCAAAUUCAAGAGAUAAUUCAAUGCUGAGCUUUAGAUCUUGGAGGAGACGUUGAGUAGAGUUCCAAAUAUGUACAACACACCAUAUGUUUUGGGCUUUAAAUUUGAAUAUUGUUGUUUGUAUCUAGGAUAUGUGAUUCCUUAAAUAUCUGUAACAAACAUGACAAUCUUUUGAGUUUGUACAGAUUUUCAUUAUUGUUGUUGUAAUGGGUAGUAUAGUCCCCAAUUAAUGUUAUGGCUAUAAUAAAAAGAAUCCACAAGCACGAAGGCAAGCCAUCUCAAACAAAGAGUGAAAUCCUAGGGGCCCUUGCAAUACCAUCUAUAGUGGUGUGCAUUAGUGCAUCUCUACAGAAUUUCUAGCUUGGUAUAGAAUAUAAUUAAACAGGAGGGACAACAGAAAGAAAAUAAAAUGUACAAGAUGGGAUAUGCUCAAUAGGAACAAGAAAGACACUACCUACAUGUGCCAGUUGGGUGAAAAGAAGGGUUCUAACUCCGCCAUGGUGUCCAAGGUGCAACUUAAAUGAGGAUGACACAGUGCAUGUAUUGUCGAGCUGUGAGGAGGCACAAAGAAUUUGGUGUUGCAGUAAAGUGGUAAUUAGAGGAAGAGAGCAUGAAUUCCUUGUCUUCGUGAGAAUAUUUAUGGAGAGCUUUGAAGCAGAACUUGAGGCUGCAGUCCCAGCCAUUCGGUUUUCUCAUGAAGUUGGCAUUCACCAUAAAAAUUCUUGAAGGCGAUUCAGCAUAGGUUAUAGCAAAACUUCAGGAACACAGAGGAUGGUUUUGGCGGGGAAAUGUUGUGUAGGAAGCCAAGUUUUAUCUGCAACAGUUUCAGCAAUGGGAAAUUAGUUUAACUAGACAGGAAACAAAUAAUACAACACACAUUCUGGCGAGAUAUGCACAUGAUAUUGAAGAUUAUGUAACCUAGAUAGAAGAGGCUCCAUCAUUGUUGUUUGAACAUUUGAACAAUGAUGUACUGGGUU